AAAAAAUCCGUCCUUGCGUCUGGGCUUGCUGGCUGCAUGAACACCAUUCCGUUCGGCAGUCUGGUUCUUCCUGAUCCGUGGACAAGCCCAAGGAAUUCUUCGCUUCGGAACAACGUGGUUGCUUGCCCUUGCACCUUAGUGAUCUUUUUUGACCCUGUAUGGCAUCUUGCGAUCGAGUCAAGCUUCAGACGACGUUGUGCGACACUGUCGGGCGCGACGGGUCUUUUCAAAGAAACGGGGGGGAGGUGGAAGGAAACCAACGUUGGAAAACAGAAUUCUGACAUCCGCAUAGCGGUCAUCCAUUCCCUGCGUCGCAUUGUCGACCGGGCUCCUCGAUGGAGAAGCCAGCGCUAGAGUCAGACGUCGACAACAUCCUGCUUCAUCAAUCUUCGCUGCCGGAGCCAGACGUUGCGACCGUCGCGUGCGACUAUGACGAGUCCAAGUUCGACGUGUCUUCCCUCGACCAUCAGACCGAGCAGACGCAACUGAGGGCCGAUCCCGAAGCUCCCGCACCGUCCGACCAAGAUCCCCAGCAGCGCAAUGUCGAUGAUCUUCAACUCGUCGCACAGCUCGGCACCAGCCUCGCGCCAAUGAUACAGACCAUAGCGGUUGAUGAAAGUGGAGUGAAUGGCGUGGAUGCGCCGCAACCAAGGGAUGACUUUGAGCCACAAGCACACGUUGAACCUGGGAAUAGUGUCGAUGAGGCUGUCGCGCCCAGGGAGGAGCCCAUAGCUCCUCCGCCUGAAGCACCAGGCCCUGACCCGGAAGUUCCGGACGUUGCUUCAGAAGAUCCCCAGCAGCCUUUGUUGGGGCCUCAGCAGCAAGCUGCCGCUGCUCUUGAGGAACUGGCCGAAAACCAUGCCCCGCAGCAUCAGCAUAUUCAAAAUGGCGACAGCCCUGACCAGGUGCAUGAUCCGCAUGCACCAACAGAGGGGCAAGAUGUGCAGAUGGAAGAUGCUACCACCCUAAACGAGCAAGGGAAUAUGCACGAACAUGUUCUCCCCAUGACUCCCCACCAUGAGGGCGCACCACAUCAGAUGCCUCCUCAUCAGCAUCAGGGGCUUCCCAUGGAUAAUCAUAACCACCACCAUAUGAAUGGUCAGAUGAACCAACAGCAGAUCAUGGCGCAACCACAUCCGCACCAGCCACAUAUCCAAUCCCCCAUGCAACCUCCAUAUGUCGACGGGCCUCAGCAGUCUCAGAUGCACAUGCCGGCGCAAUUGCAGAUGUAUGCUGGUUCUCCGGACAAUGGUGUGCCGCCGAGGAAGCGCUCAAAAGUGUCAAGGGCAUGUGACGAAUGUCGUCGUAAAAAAGUCAAAUGUGAUGCAAUAUCGGAGACGGGCGAGACUGCAUGCUCAAACUGUCGCCGGUCUCAAAUACGCUGUGACUUUAGCCGUAUUCCUCAGAAGCGAGGUCCCAGUAAGGGUUAUAUCAAAGAGUUGGCCGACCGGAUCAACUCCAUCGAAGGCAAGCUGGGAAAUCAAGGUUUGACAGCGAGCGACAUUUUGGACUUUGCAGGCGGACCAAGGCGAGAAUCUUCCGAACAUCAGUCCCCAUCAGCACCACUCAACGAUAACUCAAAACGCCCCUUUUCCAGCAUAUCUACAGAUCCAUUCUCCACUCCGGUGCCUAAUAAGCCGCCUGCCACCAACUGGUCCUCUGAACCCAGGCCUCUCCAGCCGUAUCCGCCGCCAACUACUACUGCUGAAGGCCAGGGACAAAAGUAUGCCUACUCGGCUAAUAGACUUGUGCCACCCCUGGCCCCAGCUCCGCCGCCACCUGAGCCUCCCCUUUUGGCGCCUGGUCCUCUACCCGUCUCGGCUCCACCCAAUUCUGAUGGAAUCCCGGCGGCGAUUCAGCAGUCAGACAAGCUGAAUGUCCGCGAGAUUGAUGAUAAUGUUUUUCACGGGUACCUUACCAUUGUUCAUCCAACGUUUCCUUUUCUUGCCAGCGUUAAGACGGUGGUGCAAUCUACGCUGGCAAGAUGUCCGCCAUUGCUGCGUGAAGCUUUUCUGGAGGCAAUAACAUCCACGAUGCAAUCUUUCAAUGCCAUGCCGGAAGGUGUCGCCGCGGGUGAUGCGCGUCGAGCGGCCAAAUUGUUGGUUCAGUGGAAGACGGAAGGUGGCCACGAUACGCCCAGUGACGAAAACCAGUACACGGCCAAACUGGUACACCUCCAGGUCUUGCUUCUUCUGGCGAUCGAGGCUGAAAAUCAUGGGGUUGCUGCCUUGGAUGGCCAGCACGGCGGCUCGUCCCAGGCGGCCUUCCUUGCACAUGCGGUGGCGGUAUCAUAUGACAUGGGAUUGAGGACUGCACAGAUGGACGACUUUUCACAACCAGAUCCGGACCCAGAGUCACAUUACAUGGUUUCUCUGCGUGCUUGGUGGAGCCUGGUUGCUUUGGACCGUUUCAACGCAGCUGGUACUGCGAGGCCUCUGCUGAUUCCGCAGAACUGCAUCCAUGCGACAUGCGCACUCAAGAUCCUGCUUGGUGACGCUGGCUUUCACUUUAUCGGGCUUUGUCAUAUACUCGGUAACUAUGUCGAAACCUUCAUCUCCUCCCCAAGCGGUCUUAAUACAACCGUGCCAUAUAGCGAUGCGCCACCAAUCAACGCCUCCGCCCUCUCACUCGGCAUGGACAUGUGGAAGUUGAACUUCCCUGCCAGCAUAAUAACACCAAAAUCACAUCCUGUUCUGCACUUUGCGUACUGGCACUGCCGCCUACUCACGUGCCUGCUCACGCCGGCUUCCACAUCGACGCAGCUUCUAUGGGCAGCAGUGGGCCUGGUUCAGCAACUGAGCUCCAAUCACCUCGCGCUCAGUCCCCUGAACCAUCACGUCAACGGUCUCGCUGGUCUCUGCCUCGCGGAGCUCAGUAGGGUAUCCCAGACGAGAGAAGAUGCUAUUGAACUGAUAGCAAAUGACCUCAUGGCGGGCAACAUGGCCCCUUCAACGUGGGACAACAUCAUACGCGCCAAGGUGUCUGCCAUGGAUGACGCCGUGGGCAACCCGGAGUCGGUGACACAGACCGGAGACUCGGCUGCGGCGGUGUCAACAAAUGCCACCGGGGCUACCGCCAGUCAGGGACUCAAACACCUCGCCGAUCUGGCAGCCGCCAGCACUGAUCUGGCCGAGGCCAAUAACACCGCCACCGCCGGCGAGCCGGAUCCGAACGCGCGGGACGAGGCACUCAUGCACCUGAUGAGGAGGUUGCAGGGGGCUAGGAAGUACGAAGACCUCGGGUUCGAUCCGCGCCCGAUGCUGCGGAAGGGGUAUCUGUACGCCUUGCAGGUAUAGGCAAAUGAUUAAGCUAGUCUAGAAUUUUGCGCAAAAAGGAUCCUGCUUUGCCGACUUGCGAUUAAGAAACUACAUUGAUGCUAUAGAGGUGUAGAGGGCGCGGAAAAUGGCACAGGGAAAAAAUAGCAGCCUUCAAUAAUGUAUUUUAUUAAGUCAUUACGAACCAGGGUAGAGUGGUCCUUGGUGUUGUUGUAUAUAUAUACCCUCGAAUGUGCUUGGCACUCUUGAAGGUUUCGGGGCCUUGCCAUACUUUCUCUGAUAACAGCGCACUUGAGGCUUCCUGGUCCCAGCUUAGGAUGUAACACUGGAUGGGAACCGUUAACAAAGUGUCAGUUGGCGCCUGGGCUGGCUCAGACAAUUAG